AUGGGAGAAACUUACAUUAGUCCUCAUGAAGUCCAUAACCAUGGCGACUCUGGCAGCACUCCUGCCACAAGCAGCACCAUCGCCACUCUCGACGGCUCUGUCGAUGAACCACCUAUACGAAGUGCGGGCUCGUCCCAUUAUCUGACUGAAAAGUCAGGGGGCGAGACUCGCUGUUCAGAAAAACCACCCACUAUCGACCUCUUUGUCGACCAAGCCGAUAUAGCCACAUGUGCUCACAUCUUGAUUGGUAUCGAGGUCGCACGUCGUCUCGAGACUGAUGCCGAAAGAGGUCUGUCCGAGAAUGAGUGCACCUUGCGUCGAGAGAAGUACGGUCGCAACAAGCUCGAGAGCUCGGGAAGUGUGACUUGGUACAAGAUUCUCCUUCGACAAGUGUCCAACAGUCUCACCCUUGUUCUGGCUAUCGCGAUGGCCCUCUCGUACGGUACCGGUGACUUUAUCGAAGGCGGUGUCAUCACCGCCGUCAUUGUCCUAAACAUCGUCGUUGGAUUCUUCCAGGACUAUCGCGCAGAGCAGACAAUCCAGUCUCUUCGUGCCAUGGCAGCCCCAGCAUGUCGUGUAGUCCGUGAAAACGGUACUUUGCUUAGCAUCAAAGCUGAAGAUCUGGUUCCUGGAGAUAUCGUGCAACUCGCCACUGGUGACAUCGUACCUGCCGAUCUCAGGCUCUAUUCAAGCAUCAACAUGGCCACAGAUGAGGCAUUACUCACUGGAGAGUCCAAGCCUUGCACCAAAGACGCCCUGAAACAUCUCCACAAUGUCGAGUGUCCGCUUGGUGAUCGUAUCAACAUGGCAUACUCUUCUACCACCGUCACGCGUGGAAGAGCUCAGGGUAUCGUCACCGCGAUCGGUAUGGACACCGAGAUCGGCAAGAUCGCGCAGCUCUUGCGUGACAAAAAAGGUCAUGAAGACAGUUCUACCUUCAUCUCUCGUGCUGCCAGACGUGUUCUCCAUGGCAUCAAGAGUGCCCUUGGUCUCAUUGGGACGCCACUCCAAGUAAAGUUAUCCUACUUUGCUCUACUCUUGUUCGCCCUCGCUAUCCUGUUGGCAAUCAUUGUUUUCUCCACCAGCCUUUGGGACAUUGAUGGCGAAACACUCAUAUACGGUAUUUGUGUCGCCGUUGCUGUCAUCCCCGAAUCUCUCAUCGCUGUUCUAACUAUUACGAUGGCCAUUGGGUCAAAGGCUAUGGCUGCCAACAAUGUCAUCGUCCGUAAGCAAGCUGCUCUCGAGGCUGUUGGUGGCGUCACCAAUGUUUGCAGUGACAAGACCGGUACUCUUACCCAGGGCAAGAUGCUUGCAAGAAAAGCACUUCUACCGAGUGGCAAGCGUCUGACUGUCGUCAACGAGCUCAGUCCCUUCGACCCUACUAGCGGAAUGGUCCUGGUCGACGACGUUCGUCUCGAGACCGCAACAGUCAACGAGAUUGAUGAGCUUCGCUACUUCUUCUCGACUAUCGCGUUGUGCAAUAUGUCGAAUAUUAUCCCACCUCAAGACGACCAGACUCUGUGGUCUGCGACUGGCGAGCCUACCGAGAUCGCGUUGCAUGUUCUUGCUCGUCGUGUCGGUCAAGGCAGAGAUGAAAGUCUUACACGCACCGGCAUGUCAUUACUUACAGAGCAUUCUUUCGACUCCUCGGUGAAGCGUAUGUCUGUGGUCUAUAAGCUGUCUGCCUCGGACCCCGCCAUUGUCUCUUUCACGAAGGGUGCCACCGAAGCACUUCUACCUCUUCUCGACAUGAAGGAUGAUCAACGCAGGGACAUCUUGCACCAGGUUGAUAUCAUGGCUAGUGAAGGAUUACGUGUUCUCUGUCUUGGCUAUCGCCAUCUUGACGAUGUCGACCCCACGUCCAUCAUUGACCGCAACUUCAUUGAGGCUGAAGGCUCUCUCAGCUUUGCCGGUCUCGUCGGUCUGUAUGAUCCUCCUCGUUUGGAGUCUGCCGGAGCGAUCAAGCAAUGUCAGGCAGCUGGUAUCGUCGUGCACAUGCUCACUGGCGAUCACCUCAAAACUGCAACUACUAUUGCCAAAGAGAUUGGCAUUCUUGGACCUGACGUGUAUGGCUCGAAUGCUCAGACUGCUGUCAUGACUGCCAUGGACUUCGACAAAUUGACCGACGACGCACUUGAUGUCAUGGAUCCUCUUCCCUUUGUGCUUGCUCGCUGCAGUCCUACCACCAAGCUGCGCAUGCUUGAGGCUCUCCAUCGUCGUGGUCGCUACUGCGUCAUGACUGGUGAUGGUGUCAACGACUCACCUGCUCUGAAAGGUGCAGAUGUCGGUGUCGCAAUGGGCCUCAACGGCAGUGAUGUGAGCAAAGAGGCCGCAGAUAUGGUCUUGACGGACGACAACUUCGCUUCGAUCGUAUCUGCCAUUCGUGAAGGUCGUCGCUUGUUUGACAAUAUCCAGAAGUUCUUGCUUCAUCUGUUGAUCUCCAACAUCUCGCAAGUCAUCUUGCUGCUCAUCGGGCUUGCCUUCAAAGAUCGUCAUAAUGUGUCUGUCUUCCCACUAUCGCCUAUCGAGAUUCUUUGGGCCAACCUUCUGACCUCUUCUUUCCUGGCUAUUGGUCUAGGUAUGGAGGAGGCAUCCGCUGAUGUCAUGACCCGCGCCCCUCACAGUCUCAGAGCAGGCGUGUUUACAAAAGAACUCAUCAUAGACAAGUUCAUCUAUGGUACCUUCAUGGGCGUGCUCUGCUUGGCCUCCUACGUGAUUGUAGCCUUCGGCAUCGGUAACGGCGACCUAGGUUACGAUUGCAACGAAUCUUACAACCCAACCUGCGAUCUGCCCUAUCGCGCCCGAGGCACAGCUUACAGUGUGCUUACCGUCCUCCUCUCUGUCAUGGCCUGGGAGGCCAAACAUCUAACUCUCGGGCUCUUUAAUAUGGACAAAUCGACCUCCUUCAUCGGCAACUUGAUGAAAAAUCGCUUCUUGUUCUAUUCUGUCUGUGCUGGCCUACUUACUCCCAUCCCCAUCAUCUAUAUCCCUGUGGUCAAUAAGCAGGUGUUUAGACAUACUGCGUUGACUUGGGAGUGGGGUCUAGUGUAUGGCAGUGUUGUGCUGUUUGUGUCACUUGUGGAGGCUUGGAAGGCGAUCAAGCGACGUAAGGGGUAUGGACAGGGGAAGUUGAACGAAAAGUAUAUCGAGAGAAGUGAUGAUAGUAGUGUCUUGACUGCUGUCUGA